AUGGCCACCGACGAUCUCCCCGUUGGCGGCCACCCGGGAGUACUCACAAGCGAGGAUGGCUCGCUGCUCAUCAAGCCCGCGCUCGCGGCCGAAGUCGCCUUCUACCAGUCCGUCGUUGCAGACGCUGCCUUCGCGUCCCUGCGCCCGUUCCUGCCAAAGUUCUACGGCACCCUCAGGCUACAAGGCAAGGUGGAUGAGAAUGCGCCGCCACCCGCAGAGGGCGAGCCGAUGCAGAUUCAGCCUGCCGCGUCUCUUGUGCUCGAGAACCUCUCACAGCCAUUCCUGAAGCCGAACAUCCUCGACAUCAAGCUCGGGACCGUGCUCUACGACGACGGUGCGAGCGCAGACAAGCGCGCGCGCAUGGAGAAGGCCGCGCGCGAGACGACCUCGCUCGAGACCGGCGUCCGCCUCACUGGUUUUCAGGUGUACGACCUCGCGACGAACGAAGCGGUGAACACCCCCAAGUCGUACGGCAAGUCCAUCCAGCCCGCCGACCUCCCCGAUGGCAUCGCACGCUUCUUCCCGCUCUCCCCGGACGCUCCCCCCGCGCACGCCGAGCCUGCGCCCGAGGCGCCCCCGCCGAUCACGGGCACCGGUCUCCCCGCGGAGCUGCUGCUGCCGGUGCUCGAGUCCGUCCGGGAGGACGUCGCCGAGGUGCGGGACGCGCUGGCGGCGGUCGAGAUGCGCAUGGUCGGCGGCAGCCUGCUCGUUAUCUACGAAGCGGACUGGGACCGGGCGCGCGCGGGGAUUAAGUGGAUGGAGGAGGUCGGGGAGGAUGAUGAGGACGACGAUGAGGAUGAGGACGAGGACGAGGAGAGCGUGGCGUCGAAGCCUGGGCCGCCGUACAUCGUCAAGCUUAUCGACUUUGCGCAUACGAAGAUUGUGCCGGGCGAAGGGCCGGAUGAAGGGGUGCUGAAGGGCGUAGACACGGUGCUGGGCCUGCUGGACGGACGCAUCGCGCAGGUCAAGGCGGCAUACUGA